GCUGCCAGGGCCUCUGUAAAGCCGGGUGGGCUGCGAGAGGAGAAGGAGGAGGCCUCUGCCCCUCCAAGCGUGGCCUCCCAUGGACACCAAGACGCAGAGCCUUCCCAUCACCCACACCCAGCCCCACAGCAACUCUCCGCCCCAAAGCCACACCUGCAGCCAGUGCUGCGGCCGGAGCCGAAGCCGGAGCCGGAGCCGGAGCUCUGGCCACAGCCCAACCGGCCACCAGAGCCAGAGUCCAGACCCCAGCCCACCGCCGAGGCACCAAAAACACAGCGUGCGCUCCCACCACUGCCCCCCGCGACCCACCACUCAUUCCUGCAGCUACCCCAAGAACAGAAGGAAUUCGGGAGGAAAGGUGAAAAAGAGGAAGGUGGCCAAGAGGAGCCAGCAGGUGUAUAAAACAAAGAGGCGGAACUCAGGGCGGAAAUACAACUGAGACAGCACCCCAUGGCUUGUUCCUGCAUCGGCUGCACCCAAAUGAGAAAUGCCAUCGCGCACUAGAAGGAAGUCAAACUUUUUGCAGGAACGCAUUAUUACAGUGAUUUCUAUGCAACGUUGAUUAAAGCUUGUACGCUGGAUGACCA